UUGGUGGUGGAUGAGGUGAUUUUCCUCCACUUACAGAGCUUUGAGCAUCUGGAAAGGCACUAUAUAAAUGCAAUAAAUUAUUAUUAUCAACACAGGAUGCGUGAGAGAGAGAAAGCGACCCUGAGUGAGGUAGAGAAGUCGUAACAGGAAGAGAGGUGCACAGCCAGAGAGGUAGACAAAAGUGAAAGAUGAAUAUAACAACAGAUGAUAUACAACAAAUGUCUUUCGUCAACGCAUCUGUUCGCUGGCUCAAUGUAACCAGCAACAAUCCAGAAAGACAGUGUUGGCUACACCCUGACCCCUUCGACACACAAGUUAAACCCUGGCUCUACCUGGUCCUGUCACUCCUGGGUUUCCUAGCCAACGGCCUGACCCUGCGUGAAUUCAGGAGUUUGGGGAGGACCCCUACCGUCAUCCUGACCCUCAACAUGGUGACCUCUGACCUCUUGCUGUGCACCAGCUUCCUGUUCCGGGUGGUAUACUACCGGAGGGGUCACAUCUGGUCUGGAGAGGACAAGGCGUGUCAAGCCGCCAUGCUAACCGGGAUAACAGUCUUCUACGUCAACCUCUACUGUAACAUGAUGCUGCUUCUCUGGACCAGUGUGACGCGCUACGCCACCGUGGUGCGGCCUUGCCCUGCUCUCCUCGUGCCCUUCACUAGGCCCAGAGGAUGCUGGGUACUCUGCCUCGUCACCUGGGUAACUGUGGUAACGGUGGUGAGUGCCAGUAUGGUACUUCAGUUUGGACGAGGAAAAGGAAGAGGAGACCGCUGCUUUGACGUGUUGGAGAAUCACCACAGAGAAGUGUUAAACAACCAACACUGCCUGGGGGUGGCCCUGUUUUUUGUGAUUCUCACCUUUAUUCUGGUCAGCUAUGGGGGAUUAGUGUUGCAUCUGCAGAAGGUCAGGGGGUCCAAGAACACAAACACCAGGGGGGUGAGUACGGGGAUGACCGCAGGGGAUAGGAGGGUGAGUUGUCGGGUGGAAGAGGGGUGUGGGGUGAGUUUAGGGGAGAGGGAGGGCAGGGGGGAGAACAUACAGGGUGUAGACUUGGAGGUGCAUUCAGGGGCAGGAGAGAGGCAGGGGGUGAAGAGUGGUAGUCUGAGAGUACGAAGGAAGAUCCUAGCUGUGGUUGUGGUGUUUGUGGCAUGUUUCCUGCCCUACCAUGUCCAGCGUGCAGUGACCCUGCUCUCACCACAUGGGGGAGACUGUGAGAAGUUCAGAACACAGUGGAAGGUGACAAACGCAACCAUAACCAUAGCAGCUCUGAGCUGCAUUGUACAUCCCUUACUCCAUCUGGCCUUGCGCCACUUGACCUGCUGCAGAAGACUACAGUAAAAGAUACAGACCGAACCCACCCACCCACCCACUCACUCACUGCUGUGGGCAACUGUAAGAGGCCUAGCUGGUUGAGAGAAUGCCAAGAGUGUGCAAAGCUGUCAUCAAGGCAUAGGGUGGCUACUUUGAAAAAUCAAAAAUAUAUUUGGAUUUGUUUAACACUUUUUUGGU